AACCCGGCCAAGUGUACCGUCGUCACUUCCCGAUCGGACCUUCCCUCCCUUCUCGUUUACGGGCAGGAGAUCCCGAGAGCAGAGUCGUACACCUACCUUGGGUUUCCGGUGACCGCAAACGGGAUCGACUUCCAACAGUACCUCGAUCAACGGAUCCAGGCUGCGGUGGGGCGAGCACACUGGCUAGGAGUUCAGAGUAACUCCUGGGGUCCGGCACAUCGACUUCGGAUCUACAAGCAAUUCCUUACACCGAUAUUUGAAUACAGUGCUCCACUAGUGUGGGCAUAG